GGGUCAUUCCACUCCCUGGCCGGAGGCACCGAAGGAAGCCGUCCGUCUGUCUAGUCGUCUGUCAGGCCAGCCCACCCUCCUGCAGCCAUGUCCCGGCCACUGUCAGACCAGGAUCGGAGAAAGCAAAUCAGCGUGCGUGGCCUGGCUGGCGUGGAGAAUGUGACUGAGCUGAAGAAGAACUUCAAUCGGCACCUGCAUUUCACGCUCGUCAAGGACCGCAAUGUGGCCACCCCGCGAGAUUACUACUUUGCCCUGGCCCACACUGUACGUGACCACCUCGUGGGACGCUGGAUCCGCACACAGCAGCACUACUAUGAGAAGGACCCCAAGAGGAUCUACUACCUGUCUUUGGAGUUCUACAUGGGCCGGACGCUCCAGAAUACCAUGGUGAACCUGGCCUUGGAGAAUGCCUGUGACGAAGCCACCUACCAGUUGGGCCUGGACAUGGAGGAGCUUGAAGAAAUCGAAGAGGACGCGGGGCUGGGCAAUGGGGGCCUGGGUCGGCUGGCAGCCUGCUUUCUGGACUCCAUGGCGACGCUGGGCCUGGCGGCCUAUGGCUAUGGGAUCCGCUACGAGUUUGGGAUCUUUAAUCAGAAGAUCUGCGGGGGCUGGCAGAUGGAGGAAGCUGAUGACUGGCUUCGCUACGGCAACCCCUGGGAGAAGGCCCGGCCCGAGUUCACGCUGCCUGUGAACUUCUAUGGCCGAGUGGAGCACACCCCCCAGGGAGCCAAGUGGGUAGACACACAGGUGGUACUGGCCCUGCCCUAUGACACCCCGGUGCCUGGCUACCGCAAUAAUGUCGUCAACACCAUGCGUCUGUGGUCAGCGAAGGCCCCCAACGACUUCAACCUCAAGGACUUCAACGUCGGUGGCUACAUCCAGGCCGUGCUCGACCGGAAUCUAGCUGAGAACAUCUCUCGUGUCUUGUAUCCCAACGAUAACUUCUUUGAGGGGAAGGAGCUGCGGCUGAAGCAGGAGUACUUCGUAGUGGCAGCCACCCUCCAGGACAUCAUCCGGCGCUUCAAAUCCUCCAAGUUCGGCAGCCGUGAUCCCGUGCGCACAAACUUUGACGCCUUCCCGGAUAAGGUGGCCAUCCAGCUUAAUGACACUCACCCCUCCUUGGCCAUCCCUGAGCUGAUGAGGAUUCUGGUGGACCUGGAACGGCUGGACUGGGACAAGGCCUGGGAAGUGACGGUGAAGACCUGUGCCUACACCAACCACACGGUGCUGCCGGAGGCCCUGGAGCGCUGGCCUGUGCACCUCAUGGAGACGCUGCUUCCCCGGCACCUGCAGAUCAUCUACGAGAUCAACCAGCGCUUCCUUAAUCGAGUGGCAGCCGCAUUCCCGGGGGACGUGGACCGGCUACGGCGCAUGUCCCUCGUGGAGGAGGGCGCUGUGAAACGCAUCAACAUGGCGCACCUGUGCAUCGCGGGCUCCCACGCGGUCAACGGUGUGGCGCGCAUCCACUCGGAGAUCCUCAAGAAGACCAUCUUCAAGGACUUCUAUGAGCUGGAACCUCAUAAGUUCCAGAAUAAGACCAAUGGGAUCACCCCUCGUCGCUGGCUGGUCCUGUGCAACCCUGGGCUGGCAGAGGUGAUUGCUGAGCGCAUCGGGGAGGAGUACAUCUCGGACCUGGACCAGCUGCGCAAACUGCUCUCCCACGUGGACGACGAAGCUUUCAUCAGGGACGUGGCCAAAGUGAAGCAGGAAAACAAGUUGAAGUUCUCUGCAUACCUGGAGAGAGAAUACAAAGUCCAAAUCAACCCCAACUCCCUCUUCGAUGUCCAGGUGAAGCGGAUUCACGAAUACAAGCGUCAGCUCCUCAACUGCCUUCACGUCAUCACCCUGUACAACCGGAUCAAGAGAGAGCCCAAUAAGUUCGUCGUGCCUCGGACUGUGAUGAUCGGAGGCAAGGCCGCGCCCGGGUACCACAUGGCGAAGAUGAUCAUCAAGCUCAUCACCGCAAUCGGGGAUGUGGUGAACCACGACCCGGUGGUGGGAGACCGCCUCCGAGUGAUCUUCCUGGAGAACUACCGAGUCUCGCUGGCUGAGAAGGUGAUCCCAGCCGCCGACCUCUCGGAGCAGAUCUCCACGGCCGGCACGGAGGCCUCGGGCACCGGCAACAUGAAGUUCAUGCUCAAUGGGGCCCUGACCAUUGGCACCAUGGACGGGGCCAAUGUGGAGAUGGCGGAAGAGGCCGGAGAAGAGAACUUCUUCAUCUUCGGCAUGCGUGUGGAGGACGUGGAAAGGCUUGACCAGAGAGGGUACAAUGCCCAGGAGUACUACGACCGCAUUCCUGAGCUCCGGCAGAUCAUCGAGCAGCUGAGCAGUGGCUUCUUCUCCCCCAAACAGCCCGACUUGUUCAAGGACAUUGUCCACAUGCUCAUGCACCAUGACCGGUUUAAAGUCUUUGCAGAUUAUGAAGACUACAUUAAGUGCCAGGAGAGAGUCAGCGCUUUGUAUAAGAACCCGAGGGAGUGGACCAGGAUGGUCAUCCGGAACAUAGCCACCUCGGGCAAGUUCUCCAGCGACCGCACCAUCGCCCAGUACGCCCGGGAGAUCUGGGGCGUGGAACCUUCCUACCAGCGCCUGCCGGCCCCCGAUGAGAAGAUCUGAGCCCCUAGGCCAGACCCCAAGCCCCUGCCCUUGUGUGUCUGUUGGCCAUCCUCUGGGCCAGCUCCAGCUGCUCUUCCCGAGGGUGGGCGGCUGGAGUUGGGUCUGCGAGCCCCUUCCCGGGGGAGCCCCCCUUUGCUCUAGGUCCCUUCCUCUCUGACCAGCUGCCCCCACGCCCAAUAAACUGACUCCCACUGGGAGCUUCUCUACUCUU